AUGGAAGAGUAUAAAAGUGUGUCUAGAUAUGGGUUUAAAGCAUAUGUCAACUUUGUAUCUCCUGUAGUGGUUCACAUAGGUCUAGAGAAAUAUUUGCUUGAUCCAAUGAAAGAAAUAUCACCUACUGUAGAGUUCAACAUAUUAUCUUGGUGGAAGGCAAAUGAAAGCAAAUACAAAAUUCUAGCAAGGAUGGCUCGAGAUGUGUUAGCUAUUCCUGUAUCUACAGUUGCUUCAGAAUCUGCAUUCACUACAUCGGGAAGAAUUAUUAAUGAUUAUCGAUGUUCAACUACUCCCGAAAAUGCAAUUGCUAAGAAGCUUGCUGAUCUCAGUGGGAAGGGUGUGACGACGAUCAUAGGUGGUGGUGAUUCUGUCGCUGCUGUGGAGAAAGUAGGAGUUGCCGACAAGAUGAGCCACAUAUCAACAGGGGGUGGUGUUUCCUUAGAGCUCUUGGAAGGGAAAGUGCUUUCGGGAGUUCUUGCUCUUGAGGAGAACGUGCCCAUGUCCACCUGA